GUGCGCCUCUGACUGGGUGGUGGGCGUGUCUUAAACAGUGGGGUUUCAUUCAUAAAUACUUUUAGCUUUAAAAUCCACAUUAAAGUGUCCACGGAAGAGUUUCGCGGUAUUGGCUUUGCCCCUCCACCCCUCCGUGGACCAGGCUAGUUGAGUAGCCAUGCAGCACCGCCGUCCCGUUGCUCCGAGGCCAGUGGGCCAGCCCUGAGGGGAAUCACUGCUGCUCAGGCUCAGUCGGCUGGGUGGGCUGAGGUAGCUGAGGAUGCAGCAAGGGAGCUGAGGAGGAGACUCCUGAGCAACAGCCCGACACACACACUCACACACACACACACUCUCACAUCCAGAGCUGCUGCUGCGCACUGCCCUCCAUCAGGGGGGACUCUCUAGUUUGCCUGGACCAUGAGCAAUGAGUCUACCGUCUGGACCAUCCUACCAGAAAACUCCACAGAGAUCCCAUUCGUGGCUGAGGAGCAGCAAGAUGGCUAUGUGCUCCUCCUGGUGAUCCUCUCCAUCUUCCUGGUAGGAGCGCUGAUCUUCGUCUCCAUCUUCCUCAUUGUUUGCCGCCGCGGCUGUCGAGGAGGGAAACUCUGUGCCAGGGCCAACGAUGACCCUGAGAAAACCAACACCACCUACGUGGAGAAGGCUCAACCCACCCAUGAAAUCACCAUCAGGGUGGAUGAGUCAGAGUGCCUGUCAAUGGCCAGCUCUCACGACCAAGAGACUGAGCGCUUCCUCUCCACGGGCACCACCGGCCGCCGUGUCUCCUUCAAUGAGGCUGCACUCUUCGAUCACGGCAAGAAGGCCCAGGAGAAGGGGCGCAGGUACACUCUGACCGAGGGCGACUUUCACCACCUGAAGAACGCCCGGCUCACACACCUCCACAUCCCUCCCCCGGCACUCAAGAUAGUCACUAUCCACGAGUGCGACUCGGCCGAGAACAGCAUCACCAUGACAACACGCCCUGUCACUAAGUCAGCACUUUCCAUCUUCCAGCCGAUGCUGUGCCCCCUACCACAAACAGCAUUGACCAGCCUGAGUGUCAAUCCUAGCUGUGCCCUCCCUGGAGAUGCUCUCAACUCUGUGGUGGACACCAGCUUCAGUGAGAACACUAUUGCUCUCAGCACUAAAGAGCCAAGCUCUAUCGAGAUGAUAGGCCAGGGCAGAGGCAGCAGUGUCAGUGUUGGGGAAGGGGCCGCGGUGGGGAGCGGUUCCCCUUCUGCCCGCGGCGGUGCAGGAAGCCAGGGGCCCAUGCUGCAGUUCUUCACUAAACUGCGGCGCCAUGCUAGUCUGGAGGGGGCCAGUCCCUACUUCAAGAUCAAGAAAUGGAAGCUGGACAGCAGCCAGAGAGCCUCGAGUCUGGACACCAGAGGCUCUCCAAAGAGGAGACAGUUCCAGCGACAGCGGGCCGCCAGCGAGAGCAUGGACCAGGACGACAACGACGCGCACCACAUAGACCUCAUCCAGUACAUCGCCCGCACCCAGGACGUCACCUACUGUCCCAGCCAGCCCACCGCACGCCUCCUCUCACCCCCUUCCACACCACCCCCCUCCCUCGGCAGGGUAGAGGUAGAGGUGAUGGUGGAGCCCAGCUGCAGCCAUGGAGGACCAGGGGUGAUUGGCCUAUCCCCUGAUCCCCAAGACGAAGCACUGUCCCUGGCAAGACGGGAUGGUGCAGACCCUUUGGACCCCCUAGAUCACCAGGACCCCCAGUCACUUUACAAAGACAUCUGGUCCCUGCGCGCGACACUGGAACAGUAUGCAGCCUCUGACCAGAGCAGCAACAAUGACAGGAACUCUGUCUGCAGUGAUGCUGACAGUAUUUGUUCACUGGGCGGACGCACAGAAACAGAAAGAGGAGGGCUUCCCAGCUAUCCGUCCCAGGAUUUAGGAGAUGAGGCAGAGGGUGGAGAGGAUGACAAGGACAUUUUGAUGUAUAUGGAUGAGAGGUUGGGUGGGAAUGAGGGAAAAAAGAGAAAACAGGAAAGCACUGAAUCAGAGCGAGGGGGCAGCGACGGAGAGACAGGGACUCGUAAAUUGCUGCAGAUGGACAGUGGCUAUGCGUCGAUAGAGGCUCCAUCUCGUGGUCCAGAAGACCUGCGACUGUUCGGGAGCAUCAGCGGAAGCCCGAAGGACAGAACGGCCCACGAGAAAAGGCACCACUUUACCAACGCAGGGCGAACCGGCACUAUCGGUGAGAGCUUUGAGUCUCAUCUCUUUGAGGAGGAGCGGGAAGAUGAGCUGUUGGGUGCCAUUGGAGGAGUUUCCAUAGAAACAGGUGCUGGCUCACUGAGUUGGUUUCCAUAUGGUCAGAUGCUCACACCUCGAGAGUCUGCACAGCCUUCACCCCAACCUCCAACGCUGCACCGGCGAGACUACAGCAUAGAUGAGAAGACAGACGCCCUCUUCCAUGAGUUUCUCCGCCACGACCCUCAGUUUGACCAGCAGGAGUCGCCACUAAGGAAGCACCGGUCCCGAAUCCACCUCCGCAAGCAGUGGCAGCGGCACAAACAGUGGAGCGACCCCGGCGUCAGACACUUGCAGUCUUCUUUUGACAGACACCGGACCCCUCUAAGGAGGGGUGACAGUGUGAACUACCCACUGGACACAAGCUACCACAGCACGCUCCCUCGUAUCGUCAGUGCUCCUGACGAGGAGACCAGCGAGGGGACCGGUAGCACCCCUGACACUCCAAAAGUAGAGCAAACCACUACUGGUAAUGGGGGCAAGGACAGGGAGCAGGGUGUCACUGUCAGAGGCACAGAGGACCACAUCUCUUCUUCUCCACCAUCACUUCAUCCUUCUAUCUCAGAGAAAGAUGGAGGGCUGGGUGAGCACCAUGACCCUCAGGAGGACAGCAAACAAUCUGGACCCCCUCUCGAGCCCCCGGACGAACGCUCGUCCCCUCAGCUGCCCGACUCCUCGGGCUACGGCCCGCAGACCAUCACAGCAGAGCUCACAGACAAACUGACUGCUAACCUGGAUGAGAGGCUGUACAUGGGCCUUCGCAGGAUCAAGGACACAGCCACUGAGUGUGUGACGGUGACAGCCACACACGCUUCUCCGGACCACAGCCCAGUGUAGCAGGGCUCCAGUCGUCCUCCUCGUCAACCUCACUCCUGCUGACACACACUUUUUUCUUUCUGUUUGAUUUGUCUUGCCUCACUUUAAAUGUCUCUCUCUAUACAGCUUGAAUGGUGUGAUCAUACCCAUUAACACACAAUGAAAAGUGUCUUUCAUAUUAAUGGAUAAUUAAACACUCAUCUUAGAUUCAGUUGAUCCCCUAGAAAGGCAGCCAAUCUCUCUUCACGCCUGUUGAAACGAAACAAAGCUGUUCAGUGUUGCCCUUUAACGGUUCACUGUUGAAAAAAAGAUACAAUUCAAAAUAAUGACAGAGCUAACAUAUCAAAAACCAUACGGUUUUAGUAAAAAUUGUUUCCUUGUGUUUCUGUGAGUCUGUGUCCAUCUCUACUGCUGUCAUUCUUGUCUCUGCUCCCCAGUAUGAAUAAGUGAAGCUGAGGGCCAGUAUGGCCUCUGUACUCAUUGAUUCACUGUGAAACCAGGUGCUAUUAGACAAGCUGAAAGCUCGAAUCUGGACACAGGUUACCCUGCUAGUCCCAUGACCAUGCAUUAGUAGAAAAUUUGUAGUAUAAUCGCUAUUCAUGAGCUACAAACUAAUUUAGAAUAGCAUAAUUGAUCUAUCAAAGCUAUAUUAAGCAUACUUCAGUUGUUCACACUGGUUGUUUAGAUCAGUAGUUCCCAACCUAUGAGGGCCCCAAGAGAAGUGAGCAAUGAUUCUAAAUGAAUGAAUGAACUAAUUAGAAAGAAAAAAUAUGUUUCUUUUACAUAAAGUUAAAGUGAUUUUAUUCCGCUUUGGUAGUGAAGGACAUGUCUGUCCCACUAACGUCGUGCUUCUAAGCACCACUUAAAAAAAUGUAUGUUAACGUUUCUCAUUGAUUGAUGAAAUAUGUUGAUAUUCGAUAGAAGAGUUGUCAUUUCUAUAAGCUGACUUACUUGCUUGCUUGUGGCCAUUUUUGUGGCCAUUUUUCUGUCCUCAUUUUUCAUGGAUGUAGCCAAAACUAGCUAUGUAGGAAGAUGACGUCCCCAUUUUUUAAAUCCCGCCCACAAAGCUCUGAUUGGUGCAUUGUUUCUCCAAUCGUGUGCUGUAAAGUCAUUAAGGGUCACAAGUAGACAUUGCUUGAUUUUAAGUGGCCGAAAUAAGGUCGGGGACCACUGGUUUAGAUACAUGGACGUGAAUACCACAGUUAGCAAAGACCAGAGAAGUUUUUCCCAUUAGGUGUUCUUUUGAAAAGGAAGAUAUCCUUUAUUCUCCUCACUCAGUGUCUUACUGGUCAUUGGUUGUUCUGACUGCAAAAGCUUCUUAGCUAUGUGACAACUGUGUUGUUUAUUUUUUAUUAGUUUAAUGAGUUGUAAUAUAUUUUUGUACAUCUGUAUUGCUUAAAUGACAAUGAAAACUGACAGCGUGGUAGGUUUGAACACGACAGCUUCUGCACCAACAGACAGAACUAGCGAACUAGACAGCCACUAGCGCUCCGGUAUGUAGACUCUUUAUCAGUCACAGAUAUGACAGUAACUUACAACUCCAUAACCUAUGACUCUCAGUACUUUGGCCAUCGCUGACAUGACCUAUGUCCUAACAGGGAGAACAAUCGCUUGUCUUGUGCACGGGUUUACAGCCAUGAGGUGGGCAGUUACUUUAAAGCCAUUAGACAAAACGACUGUCCUCACAAACGUUCGGUGUUUAUUGAAUUUAUAGGAAAGGCAUGCUUCCUUGUGCAUGGGGCUCUCAGAACAGGCUCUAUCAGUUCACAUCUGACUUUCAUGAUUUCCCCCUCCUCUUCCUCUUCUUCUCCUGAGAAAGUUGACAGUGCAGUAGAUGCCUCCCCUGGGGGGGGGGGGGGGACUACACUUCCUGUCGGCUUACAAAACCAGACUGAACAAAGAUGUUAUUUGUAGUUAAUCCGCUAUAAUUUUUUCGCUUAUUUGGCUUCCUUUGUGCGACUAAAACAAACCGAUACUGCCAUUCAGAUAAAACCCCAUCAGCAGAUUACGUCCUGUGGGCAAAGAAUGCAAGUAAUGGCCAGAAUUAUGUUUGAAAAUCAAUUUUUUGCCCACAGAUCUCUGCUUUUACAUCCUGAGCGGUGGCAGUAGGUUUAUUGCAACCCAGUUUCACUCAUAAAAUCGUAUUCUCAGAGGUGCUGUUGGGCUUUCCUACGUGCAGCGAGGGGAGCCACUGCACAAGAGGUUGUUGAAUAUUAAUUAUAACAAAGGAAGGAUUCCGGCCUUUCGUCACACCUCCCUUUUUUUCAUUCUUUAAGGCUGCUACCAUGCAGUACAUUGAAAGGACUGAAUAGCAAAUCAGGAGAAAAACAUUAUCCUCCUCUCUUUGUUUGGGUGUUAUGAUGAUGCUCCAGAUUAAAUCUUUCUCCACUGCGUGACAGGAGUCUCCUUUUGUGGCUAAGUGGACUCUGAGGCAGGAGCCGCUUUCCUCAUUAGGAGAGCAAUGGCUCAGAUGAAAGGAGAUGAACUCAAAUAUGGAGUAGGAAGGGUAGUGAUUUUUUAUAUUAUUUUUGCUCUCUCCUCUCUUUUACGUAGCCCCCCCCCCCCCCCUCUCACACACACACUAACACACACGCACACGCACACACACACACACUUUGAACCAUUCUGUCACCAUGAAUAAACACAAUGUGCUCUGGCACAAUUUUCUGCAAUCAAAUGACAUUCUUUUUAUGACAGUGCUAAUCAGCAGAAAGGAAAUAAAAUCCCCCUCUCAAUUGUGAUGGAAGUGAUGCGUCCCUGAUGAUAGUAAUUACUCUCUACUCUGACAGGUCUGGAGAGAGGGGGAGACCGCCGAAUUUCCCUCAGAUCAGAAGCUCAGAGCUGAGUCAGUAGGGAUAGCGACAGUACAGCGACCGCAACAUUUUAAAGAAAAUGGCCAUAACGGUUGAUUUCAAACCCGUACAUUUGUACAAAAUUUAAACUUUGCUGUGUAUACAAGCACAAAGCCACAGGAGCUAGACUAAAUCAAUGUCCUUUACUAGAUUUAGACAGAUACUGUAUAACUGGGGACACUGUGUGUUUGUAUACUAACCAGUAGCCUGUCAAAUGCAUUGAUGCAUAGUUGUGUGUAAGUCUGCAUGAGAGUUAACAUUUUAGUACAAAUCUUCAUGUUUUCUUAGACUUAACGGUACAAAAUGAUCAUAGAUGAUGCUCAUUUGUUUAAGGCAGAAGUCGAAACAUUGGUAUGACUAGAGAUUUUGUACUUUAUGGAAUCCACUUUUAAGAAUCAUGCUAGGAUGCUGUAACUGAUGAGAUUUUGUGAGAUUUAUCUCUUUGAAAGUAGAAGUAUUUCUGUAUUCCUUGCUUGUUAGUAAACUGCUUAAUUUCUCAAAGAAAAAAAAAAGACGAGCUUUCUUAACAACUUUGCUUUUGUUGAUCCAAAUCUAUUGAGCCUUGAGGGACCAAACCAUAAAAAAGUGUUA